UCUCAGUCUUCGGGGGACCGCUGCCAUGGACACGGAGACGCCGCAGUCAAUGGGGAAGCUGCUUCACUUUCACACAGAAUGCAGCAGAGACAAACAUCUUGAGACUCGUUCACCACGUAACCGAACCACAGAUCAUGGCCCGCUAUGACGAGCUGGAUGAGUUGCGGCUUCAGUUCCAAACGCUGCAGAAGCAGCAGGAGAAGCGAAAGCUGGACAGGAAGAAGGAGAAAGAACCGGAUAAGCUGAAUGUCGAGGUUACACAGGAGGAUUCGGGUGUGUUGAAACAAGACAUUCAGGCAGACCACCGGCCUGCUAAGAAAAAACAUGUGCAGGACGACGAGCCGAAUUUGCUUGAUGAGCUGCGAGAGCUCAAAGAUGAAAAUGGUCGUCUCUUCAAACUCCUCGGAGAAAAGGAUUUUGAAAUUAAACACCUGAAGAGGAAAAGAGAAGAAGAACGACUGGCCCUAGCAGGCACGUCGGGCUUGGCCGGCGACGCAGCAGCCACCAGGAUUGUUGACCUGUCCAAGAAGAACAGGGAGCUGAGCUCUGAGAUCAACAGAGAAAAGACCAGGUCCAAGCAAAACAGCAACAGAAUCAAAGCGCUUGAGAAAGAGCUACAGUCUGCGUUGGUGCACUCUCCCCCUGGGCAAAACACAGACACAAAAUCCCAGAUUAAGAGAUUAUCAGAAGACUGUGAGGAAAAUCCAGCGGUGAAAUCUCUGCAGGAGAAAUUAGCCGCAGCCAAACUGAGAUCGGCUGAAUGUCGAAACCAGGUCCAAUCCCUCAAACAGGAGUUGAAAGUAGCUCAGAAGGUUUUAAUCAGUGAGGUUGGAGAGGAGGUCAACCUUCAGCAAUUACUGAGCUGCCCGGGGAGCUUCAGAGGUCGCGCUCAACAGAUACUGGUUCUUCAGACGAAGGUGCGGGACCUCGAGCAGCAGCUGAACCAGUCGACUCAGCGGCGACAGCCAAGCGUCCUGAGUGUAGAGGACGAGUUCCUUGGCACGGGGGUCCUUCUGAAGACCCCUCCUCAAGAGAGGAACCUCAGCUACAUCCGCUCCAUGGAGAAGGAGAAGAGGGAGGCGUUCGAGCGAAUCUCAGUGGAGUAUGAGAACCUACAGAAAGACCACGAGGAUGGGAAGAAAAAGAUGGAAGCCUCUAAAGCCAGGAACAAAUCUCUGUCUGCUGAGAUGAAAACUCUGAAGGUCCAAGUUUCCACCCUGCUGGAGAAGGGGAAACACGAUAAUGAGCUUGUGGAUGCUUUGCUGAAGCAGCAGACCCAGAUGCAGGAGGUGUUGAGACGGCUCAGCCGACAGCAGAGCGGUCAGAGCAAGGAGCUCCAGCAGAACCCGAGCAACUUGCGGAGCAGCGAGUCGGCAGAACACUACGCUCUCGUCCAGAACCUCAAGCAGAUAGUUGCUGAGAGAGAAGAGACGAUCAAAGAACUGCAGGAGGAAAUCCAGCAGCUCUCCCUCCAGGAAGAGGGAGAGUCCAGCCACAAGACCAUUUGCACUGCAGGCUUUCUGCCUGAAGAGGGAGACAUUAACAAGAGAAUAACAUCGUCAGGUUCACUUUCUAAAUUUGGUCAUAAACUGGUGCUGCCUUCUGUGAAAAGCAGCUCAGAAUUCAAGGGUCCAGGUUCUUCAAAAUGUCCCCAAUGCUCAGCCGAUGUCAGUGCCCUCAUGACCCAAUGUAGUGAAUACAAAGUCCUCUGUGUGGAGAAGGACAGACUCUCUGAGCUGGUGAACAUCCUACAGACAAAAGAAAAAGAUUGGACCCAGAGGUGUGCGGAGGCUGAGCACAAGUAUCAGGAGGAGCGCCGCCGGAUGGUGACCCUGGAGCAGCAGCUGGAGCGGACCGAAUUAGAUUCAAAUGUGCCCUGUGGGAGAUUGGCAGGUCCCCAUUGGACUGAGCGAGAAAGUGCCACAAGACAAAAAUAUCAGCGCUCGGGACAGGAUGAAGAAAGCCUUUAUGCUCAGGGCAACAGAAAAGGGCUUGUGUUGAAUACCUCCUGGAUGGAAGGUGAGGCGCACUCCAAUGUGGCGGAGUGAGAUGUGUCGCUGGAGGAGCAGAGGAGAUACCAGGAGCCUCACGACCACGUGCCCUGCAGGUUUUGCCAAAUGUAUAUCAAAUGUAGCAGUGUGCGUCAGAAAGGUGUUGAUGGAGCAAAUACUUGUCACGGUCCCGAACUGCAUCUAAUUCCAGGGAAAAUGUUUAACUCAAUAAUUUGUUAUUUUUUUAUAUAUAUAUAUAUAUAUGCCGCGACACAACUUCACAGACAAAUGAAGUCAGUGUUUUUGAGCAUGCAGAAUAGUACCCGAAGCUUUUAUUUUGAACAUGUGAUCCCUGAUAGGAGCGAGGUCACAAUGCCUACUUUUUUUUGCGCUGAAGAUUAGCACAACAACGGCUGACUUCAGUCAUUAGAGGGUGUCAUCACCUCCAAAUAAAUUACACCCUGCCAAACAAUUUUAAUAUUGUUUUAUGAGGCCGUAUUACGCAGAAAGGUGUAGAUUUAUUCCAAAAUGCCCAAUAACCCACCAAACCAAACACAAACUUAUGUAAACACAGCAUACGUAAACAGCCUCACCUAUUUGUCAUUCCAGGUUUGAAUGACUCCUUUCUCCAUCCUUCUCCUCAGAGGUAUUCCCUCGUUCUGGACCAAUGCUUCCUGCAGACCAUUGACUGCAUCCAGAAACUAAAGUAAAUAGUGGAGCUGUGAACGCAGAGGUUAAAGUUAGCCAUCAGUAUAUGAGGGAUCUGUGAACUUAAGUCAGGCCAGAAAACGGUUUGUGCCUCUAUGAGUCCAUUCAUCUCCCAGUGCCUCUCAUUUACAUGUAAUGGAAAGAAAAUAAACAGCAGAGCCCUAAUGUGCUCAUUUACAGUAAGUAGGAGCAGGAUAAUAAGCUUUUAUCUUAGCAGCACUAAAGCAAUGAUAAGCACGUGUUUCUUCUUGUAAAUGAAAUGUUCCUGAUUAAGUGUACAGGAGGUGUCUUGUUGCUGACACCGAUAUCAAGGACUUGGUGCACAGUGGCGCAAAAUUGAUGGUGACAUGUUGACGAGAUGAGCUCCGACAGCAGAUUAUCUGAUCUUGGUUUUGAUCAGUGCCUCUUGCUCUUACUUCAACUGGCUCUUUAAUUCAAAGUUAUGUUUAUGUGUGACAGUUGUGUGCAGUUCGGUGUCACGUCAACACCGUACGAUCAAGGCUUCUCUUUUUCCUCGUAAUUGUGAUAAGUUUAACAAUGGGUUCUACACUCUAUGGCAUUGUGGUGUGUCAUGUACUGUUUAUCAACUGGCCUGCAUCGAUGCAAUGUGAAGCCAAAAAUCCCAAUUAAACAUUCAC